UAACACAUCACCCCACCCACCCAACAAAAACAUCAUCAAACCCAUAAAAUAAUACACAAAGCUAAAGACACAAACUUUUGUUUAUUUCUGCACAAAAAGAGAAACAAAAUUUCUUGAAAAUUCCUCUUUCAUGUCAGACUGAACAAUUUUCUGACAGUCUUUGUUUUCCAUCAAGUUUCAAACUUUCAUCAUGAAACCAACCAAACUUGAAGUGGGUUUGUUCCAUCAUCAUCUUGAUCCCAUCAACGAAUCUCAGCCGUUGAUUUCAAUGCCGGAAUCCCCAUCUCCGGCCCUUCACUUUACCUUACCACCCUUAUCGGAAUUCAACCUUUUUCACGACGACGAUGAUGAUUCCGGCAGCCCCACUUCCUCCGAUGCCGACGCCGGUCCUUCGGUGACUCAAACUUCCGGUGACCCACCAAACCCUAGAAACCCUAAACCCCAAUUUAUCAAUCCUGACCCAUAUAUAUCAUCCCAGUAUUAUACAUUCAAUAACGAAUCACAUUCUUUGAUGAUUCGAUGUAUUUUGGACCGCCGGCUCGCGAACCCAGAUGAGAUUAGGGAGGCUACGCCGCCCCCUGUGCUUGCGAGCUGGCGGUCCGUUUGGAAGGACCGGAACGAAGAAACGGCCUUUUUGACAGGGUGGAAACGGAUUCAGGACAAACUUACUGUCCACAAAGGACACGAUGGUAAUGUGUUUUUGUGUUUUAAGAAUAAUAAUAAUAAUAAUAGUAAUUCGAAUUCGAGUAGUCAAUUUGUUUCGUAUAUUAGUCAAUGGCAAGAUAUUGUUAUGAGUUUUCAUGGUGAUGCUGAUUUGAAACAUUUAGGAUUGAAAGAAACUAUUGAUAGGAUUAAGAAAGUUUGGACCGUAGGUGGUAAGUUAUAUGGGAUUCCUGAAUCGUAUAUCCGGGCUUGUGUUGCUGCUUGUUCUGUUUGUAAUGAUUCUAAUGGGUCGGGUUUAGGGAGGUCAAAAAGACGUAGGUUUGAGUAUACCGAUACAUUUGAUGUCCCUGCGAAAGAUGUGCCUAGUAAGUUGCGGCAGUUGGCUGCUAAACAUAAGGUUGUGUUGUGUAUUAGGCAGAAGUAUAUUAGAUAUAAGCCGUUUAUGGCUGAGGUUAAGGAUUAUGCUUGUCAUCGAGCAGGGGAACCAAAAAAAGCAAAGAUUUUGAAAAGGGAACCUUAUGCAUCGAAGAGAUGUGGGUGUAGGUUUAGGAUAAGGGCGAUUCUGCCAAUCGUUAAUUAUAAUGAGAAAGAUAAAAGUUUUGUUUAUCAAGAAGAGGGGAUGGCGGUGUUUAAGUUGUAUGCUGUGCAUACGGGUCAUGAACCUGGGCCAUUGGAUGGGAAUGCGAGGAUUAUGCAUAGAGUUGUUGGGUAUAAAGGCGGGUACUUGAUGGAUGAAGAUAUAGUUUAUGGAACGAGUGAUGAAGUUGAUAAUGAUAACUUUGUUGGGAAUGAUGAGGGGGAUAUGCAGCAUUCGGUUUUGCGACAAAUAAAAGAACUGAAGCAUGAAGUUGGGCUUCUUGAAGGGAAAAUUGGGAAAAUUCAACCUGAGCUAUUGAGCUCAGUGUCUCAAGAGCUACAUGACCUCAUCAAUAAAGUUAGAAGUGUAGGAGAAUGUGGGUCAAAAUCAGGGGGGAUGAUCUUGGAGAAUGAGUUAGUGGAUUGGGGCGGUGGUCAAAAUGCUGAUUUGAUUGAAGAUAACGAUGACAGUUUUGAACGGACAUUUGGAGAUGUUGGUUCAUGGGAUCAAAUCGGCGUUCAUUGCGGGAAUGAGAAAGAUCUUGUGGAUGACACUUGUAAACCUGGAAAAUGGUUGAAAUGUAAUGAAUUUAACAAAAAUAGUAUAAUCGAUUACGAAGAUUCAAAACUAAUAAAGCCUGUGAGGAAUGACGAAACAGAGACAGAUAGCCUUGUUGAUUUGGAGGUUGACAAUUUUUACCCUGAUAAUCCUAAAUGGUAUGAUUCCCCUUGUGGUCUAGACCCAGGAAUGGAUUGUGACAGCAAUGGGUUCAGACAUGAGGAGAUUGUGUAGAUUACUAAUUUGAUUUAUAUUAGGUGUAUAUUUGUGUACACAGAAGAAUGAUCUGGUAAAGUAUAGCCAUUGUCAAUGGCUUCUUUGCACAUACUUCUAUAAUCUUUGUGACUAUGUCAGUCGUGUUGUGAACUGAUAAAUGUAGGACUUCAUUUUAGUACAUCAAUGAAAUUAUGAUUCUCUCCA